CUGCCACCGUGACUACCACCACCACCAUGACACAAUGCAAAGCUUUGACCACGCCAGACACAAUGUGGAACUUUUGUCCCUCAAGCGGCGCUGCAUACCUGUUUACCGUGCUGUUUGCUCUGACGACUCUUGCCCAUAUCUCGCAGGCCAUCCUGUAUCGCAAAUUCUACUGCUGGGUAAUCGCCAUGUCCGGAACCAUCCAGACGGUGACUUAUAUCUUCCGCGUGCUGAGUAUUGCCAACCCGGCCAGCUAUGAGGACUAUGCCGCAUGGUUUGUGCUGAUACUUAUCGCACCGCUGUGGACAAACGCCUUCGUCUACAUGGUGAUGGGCCGGAUGGUGUGGAACUUUACCGACGACGCGCGAGUCCUGCGUGUACGGCCCUGGCAUUUCGGCUUCUUCUUCGUAGUUCUUGACAUUAUGCAUGGCUUCCAGCUCUUUGUCUAUGGUGCAGCACAGGCAGCCGGCAACAACGUCUCCUACGAUACCGAGAUGACAGGCCUGCACAUCUACAUGGCCGGUGUAGGCGUGCAGCAGCUCUUCGUUCUGAUGUUCGUGGUCUGUGCCGUUGCCUUCCACCGCAAGAUUCUCCUACAAGAGCGACCGGACGCGAAAAAAGCUUUGCUGCUGCUCUAUGUGCUCUACGCAUGUCUUGCCCUGAUUACAAUGCGAAUCAUCUUUCGUCUUUGUGAGUAUGCGCAGGGCCUCAAAAGCACGAUCCCGUCCCAUGAGGCCUACCAGUACUGCCUCGACUCGGUGCCCAUGCUGCUGGCGCUCGUGCUGCUCAACGCCGUGCACCCGGGUCGACUCAUGCCGGGACCGAACAGCGACCUACCGAGCCGAAAGCAGCGUAAGAAGAUGGGUUUGGAUACCAAGGCCAAGGCGAUAGGGAACGAUAUGAUGCUACAGGAGCGAGAUGAUGUUUGA